AUGGAUCAGAGUGGACACAGGAAGCAUAUCUCAAUCACAGAUGUCAAUAGACUAUUGCCACAUAUUUGUGAAGAAAACACCGUCUACGGAUCACAGUUGGAUUCAUUUCGUUACGUUUCGCAAAGUCAAACAUUUUUGAAAGACAUAUGCAACAAAAAAGAUUCCUUUUUUGUUUCGAAUGGUCCUUCAGACACACGAGUAUUCCGGCAAAAAACACCCUCAGUUGAUGAUAUCUACAAUUCUCGCCCCGGACUUUCGCUUCAUUUUUCACCUGGUACGAACGCUUCAAACACGACUAUGACGAAGAGAUUGGAGCUACUGAAAAAAAGAUGUGAGCUACGAAAAGCAGUAAGUAAAACUUCUGAGGCACCGAAUUCUAUCAAUGAUUAUGAAGAGAAUGAAAAUAUUGAUGCCUCAAUUCAAUUUCCGCGGAAUGGUACUAUCAGCUCCACUUCGAUUUCUAGCAAUGCAACAAACGCCACUUAUGUUGUCCGGCCGUUAGCACAUGAAGUUGGACGUGGCUUCACUAGCCGAUAUAAGAAAACAGAAAUGGAUAAAAAGUUAAUUCACCAAGCAGCGCUGACAUCAUGGCUGAAUUACCUACUUGAUGAAAGUAGUGAUGCCACUGAUAAUAGCGAAAUUUCAAUUAAAAGCAAGAAAGAUGCUGAUCUGUACUUGCGGAAACUGCUAACUUCGGGAAACGAUGUUCUGACGAUAAAGGAUAAUGAGCCGCAAAAUGACAUCAAUUACAAAUGUUUCAUGGCUACAAAUGAACUUAAUGAAAUGCGAGCCAGAUUUCGUUUAUUAUACGAAAACUCAUCUAUCCCGAAUGAUAUCGCUGAAGUUGUAAAAAAUGGACUGCAAGAGGACUUGCUCAAUCUACUCCUGAGCUUCCAUCCGUUCUAUCUUCGAUUGGGCUUGGAGACUAUCUUAUCCAUCAACAUGGGGAUAAAAACCAAUUUCAAAACCCAACUCAGAAUCAUUGCUUUUGUAAUUACGCAAAACAUUUUUAAAAAUCCCGAAAUCAUGAAUAAUCGGAAAUACGUGCAAGGAAGAGCAAAGAUUCUUGUCAAUGACCGUGGCACAGAAGCGCUUCUAAAACAUUUCUUAACAAAAAUGUGCCAGUUUUUAUUUAUUGUUGAUAAGGCAUGGCGAGAUGACAUAAUAUCAAGAAAAAAUCGUUGUAUUUUUGUUAAAUGGUCAGCUUAUAAGACUAUUAAUGAUGUGGUGGCAGUGUUAAGUCAGGAACUAAUGACUGGUACGAGCAAUUUACCGAAAACCCUUUCUCGUUUGGGUCUUUUUCUGGACCGCAAACAAGGAUUUUUUGAAGAGUUUCAGUAUCAUGUAACUGACCUACUGAAAGAUCUUGGUAAUGGAAUGAUUCUCGGGCGGACAGUGGAAAUUUUAGCUGAUCUACAAAAUGGCACAGUGAUACGUUGUUUGCGAGAUCCGGGUGGUGAUCGACUUCGUAAAGUGGGCAAUGUUAAAACAGUGAUUGAUUUUGCUAAGCGAAAGGGACUUCUUCCUGAAGACCUGUAUGUGGAUAUCGACGGUAUUGUGCAAGGAAAUAUCGAUGAAAUUAUACCACUUCUUUGGCGAUUUGUUGGCAAGGAAUUGGGCAGUAUCAAUGACUCAGAUAAUUGCGAUGUGGUUGAUUCAAUAUCUCAACAACUUCUAAGCCUCUUCGGCAUAUCAUAUGAGAUACGAAAUCCUAUGGAACUUGCUGACGGAAAAUUGUUUUCCUUUUUAUGGAAGCAAUAUUAUUCAUAUGCUACACCACCGUUUGAGCUCUUCGCUGGCAAUACAAUUUUGGAGAAAAUUGCAAAUGCUGCUGAGUGUCAUUUUGGAAUCCCAUCAUUGAUGCUGUUGAAGUGGAAAAACACACCUGAAGAAAAAGCACUCUGUCUCUUCACCAAAAUUUUCAUAUCACGCAUAUAUGAAUGUUAUAAAUUUACUUCUUCUGCAAUCAUAAUACAGCGUGCUUUUCGACGAUAUCGAUAUCGCAGCACUCUAAAGAUGAAUUAUGAUGUUCCUCAUAAAUUUGAAAGUGAUGUAAACACAUAUGUACCAGAUCAAAUAGCUCAGUUACCUCAAGUAAUGACGGAAGAUUUAGAACGAACGAAAGCUUCUAUCACAAUACAGCGAUACUUUCGUGGAUGGCUUGCACGGACACUUUGUCAAAAGAUGAAGUGUGAUAAAACCUUGCAAGAACGAGAAGUAAAAGCAGUUGUCAUACAAAAAUUUAUUCGGGGGUGGCUUGCACGAACAUUUUAUCGGAAAUUAUUACACGAACAGAAUACAAAACAACGGGAAAAUGCAUCAGUUGUUAUACAAAGGUGCAUACGUGGUUGGUUAGCACGACUACAUUAUCGGAAUUUGUUGCAUGAAAUAUCUUCAAGUAAGCGCGAAAGCGCUGCAAUCACAUUGCAGAAAUUUACUCGGGGGUGGCUUGCACGAACGUUUUAUCGAAGACUGUUACAUGAACAGAAUACAAAGAAGUGGGAAAACGCAUCAAUUGUUAUACAAAGUCGCAUACGUGGUUGGCUAGCACGACUGCAUUAUCGGAAUUUGUUGCAUGAAAUAUCUUCACGUAAACGCGAAAGUGCUGCGAUCACAUUGCAACGGUAUGCUCGUGGCUGGACUGCCCGUAAAAACUACCGUAAAAUGCGACAUGAAAUAGCUCUACGUAAACAAGAAUAUGCAGCAAUCACUUUGCAGCGGUAUUUGCGUGGGUGGUUAGCACGAAGAAACUAUCGGCUAAUGCAAAGGAAGAAAAUGGUUUUUCAGGAGGAAGAUGCAGCAUUUAUUGUGCAAAAUUUCAUUUCUGACACAGAAAGCAGGAAUGAAAGUUUUGAGAACAAAAUGCAUGGAUGCAAGGUUAUCAGUAGUAAAGAAUACCUACAGAUAUUACGUGAACUGAGAAGGCAGCAUAAUCGUUUGCGACUUAAACGUCAGAACUUUUUUCGAGCUGUCGAGGAUAAAAUAAAACUUGCACUCUUGCUUAAAAGAGAGAAAAAUCGACGCAUUAAAGCUGCCACAAUAAUACAGGCAUGGUGGCGUGGGUAUCUUAUUCGCAAGCGUUAUGUAACAGCUCGCAAUAAAAUAAAUGCGAAUCGUGUCGUUCGUCAGGAAGCAGCAACGGAUGAGGAACGGUCUGAACGAAUGCAACCGAUUAUGCAUCGAGUGAAGAAUGCAAUGGAAAAUUUGAAUUCAGAGCGCCUUUACAUUCGUUACAAAGCUACUGAAGUGUUGCAAAAAUUUGUUGGUUUAUCAGAGCUGUGUGCUCAGUACGUAUUCAACAACGGCUGUCUGGAAUGUGUUUUGGAUUCCUUGGAUAGUUGUAAUCGUGGUGUUGGAUCAACUGAAGUAGUGAUUCCUCUUUGCUCCAUCUUAUGGAGUAUAUUGAAGUUCAAAAUUAUUCGGAACAAUCUCGAAGAAGAACGCCGACAAGAUAUUGUGAGGCAAUGUUAUCAUUUCAUGUUAGCAUUUCACAAAGUUCCAGAUGUUGUGACCAAUUUAACUGCAGUUAUACUGGCAUUAAAUGCGAAUAAUAAACAGUAUAAGAAGGCAUCCUAUUUUAUUGCGGAAUUAACGAAGAAAUUUGCCAAAUUAUCAGAAUCUGACGAGAGAGUAAUUGCACUUCAAAAGCUUCAGUAUCAUGCUAGAUUAAAUUAG